CAACGCGUGAGCUCACUGCAGCAACGCGUGAGCUCACUGCAGCAACGCGUGAGCUCACUGCAGCAACGCGUGAGCUCACUGCAGCAAGGCGUGAGCUCACUGCAGCAACGCGUGAGCUCACUGCAGCAAGGCGUGAGCUCACUGCAGCAAUGCGUGAGCUCACUGCAGCAAGGCGUGAGCUCACUGCAGCAAGGCGUGAGCUCACUGCAGCAACGCGUGAGCUCACUGCAGCAAGGCGUGAGCUCACUGCAGCAACGCGUGAGCUCACUGCAGCAAGGCGUGAGCUCACUGCAGCAACGCGUGAGCUCACUGCAGCAACGCGUGAGCUCACUGCAGCAAGGCGUGAGCUCACUGCAGCAACGCGUGAGCUCACUGCAGCAAGGCGUGAGCUCACUGCAGCAAGGCGUGAGCUCACUGCAGCAAGGCGUGAGCUCACUGCAGCAAGGCGUGAGCUCACUGCAGCAAGGCGUGAGCUCACUGCAGCAACGCGUGAGCUCACUGCAGCAACGCGUGAGCUCACUGCAGCAAGGCGUGAGCUCACUGCAGCAAGGCGUGAGCUCACUGCAGCAAGGCGUGAGCUCACUGCAGCAAGGCGUGAGCUCACUGCAGCAACGCGUGAGCUCACUGCAGCAAGGCGUGAGCUCACUGCAGCAACGCGUGAGCUCACUGCAGCAAGGCGUGAGCUCACUGCAGCAAGGCGUGAGCUCACUGCAGCAAGGCGUGAGCUCACUGCAGCAAGGCGUGAGCUCACUGCAGCAACGCGUGAGCUCACUGCAGCAAGGCGUGAGCUCACUGCAGCAAGGCGUGAGCUCACUGCAGCAAGGCGUGAGCUCACUGCAGCAAGGCGUGAGCUCACUGCAGCAACGCGUGAGCUCACUGCAGCAACGCGUGAGCUCACUGCAGCAAGGCGUGAGCUCACUGCAGCAACGCGUGAGCUCACUGCAGCAAGGCGUGAGCUCACUGCAGCAACGCGUGAGCUCACUGCAGCAAGGCGUGAGCUCACUGCAGCAAGGCGUGAGCUCACUGCAGCAACGCGUGAGCUCACUGCAGCAAGGCGUGAGCUCACUGCAGCAACGCGUGAGCUCACUGCAGCAACGCGUGAGCUCACUGCAGCAAGGCGUGAGCUCACUGCAGCAAGGCGUGAGCUCACUGCAGCAAGGCGUGAGCUCACUGCAGCAACGCGUGAGCUCACUGCAGCAAGGCGUGAGCUCACUGCAGCAACGCGUGAGCUCACUGCAGCAAGGCGUGAGCUCACUGCAGCAAGGCGUGAGCUCACUGCAGCAAGGCGUGAGCUCACUGCAGCAACGCGUGAGCUCACUGCAGCAAGGCGUGAGCUCACUGCAGCAACGCGUGAGCUCACUGCAGCAACGCGUGAGCUCACUGCAGCAAGGCGUGAGCUCACUGCAGCAACGCGUGAGCUCACUGCAGCAACGCGUGAGCUCACUGCAGCAACGCGUGAGCUCACUGCAGCAAGGCGUGAGCUCACUGCAGCAAGGCGUGAGCUCACUGCAGCAACGCGUGAGCUCACUGCAGCAAUGCGUGAGCUCACUGCAGCAAGGCGUGAGCUCACUGCAGCAACGCGUGAGCUCACUGCAGCAAUGCGUGAGCUCACUGCAGCAAGGCGUGAGCUCACUGCAGCAAGCAACGUGAGCUCACUGCAGCAAGGCGUGAGCUCACUGCAGCAAGGCGUGAGCUCACUGCAGCAACGCGUGAGCUCACUGCAGCAAGGCGUGAGCUCACUGCAGCAACGCGUGAGCUCACUGCAGCAACGCGUGAGCUCACUGCAGCAACGCGUGAGCUCACUGCAGCAACGCGUGAGCUCACUGCAGCAAGGCGUGAGCUCACUGCAGCAAUGCGUGAGCUCACUGCAGCAACGCGUGAGCUCACUGCAGCAACGCGUGAGCUCACUGCAGCAACGCGUGAGCUCACUGCAGCAAGGCGUGAGCUCACUGCAGCAACGCGUGAGCUCACUGCAGCAAUGCGUGAGCUCACUGCAGCAAUGCGUGAGCUCACUGCAGCAACGCGUGAGCUCACUGCAGCAAGGCGUGAGCUCACUGCAGCAAGGCGUGAGCUCACUGCAGCAACGCGUGAGCUCACUGCAGCAAGGCGUGAGCUCACUGCAGCAAGGCGUGAGCUCACUGCAGCAACGCGUGAGCUCACUGCAGCAAGGCGUGAGCUCACUGCAGCAACGCGUGAGCUCACUGCAGCAAGGCGUGAGCUCACUGCAGCAAUGCGUGAGCUCACUGCAGCAACGCGUGAGCUCACUGCAGCAACGCGUGAGCUCACUGCAGCAAGGCCUCACUGCAGCAAGGCGUGAGCUCACUGCAGCAACGCGUGAGCUCACUGCAGCAACGCGUGAGCUCACUGCAGCAAGGCGUGAGCUCACUGCAGCAAGGCGUGAGCUCACUGCAGCAACGCGUGAGCUCACUGCAGCAACGCGUGAGCUCACUGCAGCAACGCGUGAGCUCACUGCAGCAACGCGUGAGCUCACUGCAGCAACGCGUGAGCUCACUGCAGCAAGGCGUGAGCUCACUGCAGCAACGCGUGAGCUCACUGCAGCAAGGCGUGAGCUCACUGCAGCAAGGCGUGAGCUCACUGCAGCAACGCGUGAGCUCACUGCAGCAAGGCGUGAGCUCACUGCAGCAAGGCGUGAGCUCACUGCAGCAAGGCGUGAGCUCACUGCAGCAACGCGUGAGCUCACUGCAGCAACGCGUGAGCUCACUGCAGCAACGCGUGAGCUCACUGCAGCAAGGCGUGAGCUCACUGCAGCAAGGCGUGAGCUCACUGCAGCAAGGCGUGAGCUCACUGCAGCAAGGCGUGAGCUCACUGCAGCAACGCGUGAGCUCACUGCAGCAACGCGUGAGCUCACUGCAGCAAUGCGUGAGCUCACUGCAGCAAGGCGUGAGCUCACUGCAGCAAGGUGUGAGCUCACUGCAGCAAGGCGUGAGCUCACUGCAGCAAGGCGUGAGCUCACUGCAGCAAUGCGUGAGCUCACUGCAGCAAGGCGUGAGCUCACUGCAGCAACGCGUGAGCUCACUGCAGCAAGGCGUGAGCUCACUGCAGCAACGCGUGAGCUCACUGCAGCAAGGCGUGAGCUCACUGCAGCAAGGCGUGAGCUCACUGCAGCAACGCGUGAGCUCACUGCAGCAAGGCGUGAGCUCACUGCAGCAACGCGUGAGCUCACUGCAGCAAGGCGUGAGCUCACUGCAGCAAGGCGUGAGCUCACUGCAGCAAGGCGUGAGCUCACUGCAGCAAGGCGUGAGCUCACUGCAGCAACGCGUGAGCUCACUGCAGCAAGGCGUGAGCUCACUGCAGCAAGGCGUGAGCUCACUGCAGCAAGGCGUGAGCUCACUGCAGCAAGGCGUGAGCUCACUGCAGCAACGCGUGAGCUCACUGCAGCAACGCGUGAGCUCACUGCAGCAAGGCGUGAGCUCACUGCAGCAACGCGUGAGCUCACUGCAGCAACGCGUGAGCUCACUGCAGCAACGCGUGAGCUCACUGCAGCAAGGUGUGAGCUCACUGCAGCAACGCGUGAGCUCACUGCAGCAAGGCGUGAGCUCACUGCAGCAACGCGUGAGCUCACUGCAGCAAGGCGUGAGCUCACUGCAGCAAGGCGUGAGCUCACUGCAGCAACGCGUGAGCUCACUGCAGCAAGGCGUGAGCUCACUGCAGCAAGGCGUGAGCUCACUGCAGCAAGGCGUGAGCUCACUGCAGCAACGCGUGAGCUCACUGCAGCAACGCGUGAGCUCACUGCAGCAACGCGUGAGCUCACUGCAGCAAGGCGUGAGCUCACUGCAGCAAGGCGUGAGCUCACUGCAGCAAGGCGUGAGCUCACUGCAGCAACGCGUGAGCUCACUGCAGCAAGGCGUGAGCUCACUGCAGCAACGCGUGAGCUCACUGCAGCAAGGCGUGAGCUCACUGCAGCAAGGCGUGAGCUCACUGCAGCAACGCGUGAGCUCACUGCAGCAAUGCGUGAGCUCACUGCAGCAACGCGUGAGCUCACUGCAGCAAGGCGUGAGCUCACUGCAGCAAGGCGUGAGCUCACUGCAGCAACGCGUGAGCUCACUGCAGCAACGCGUGAGCUCACUGCAGCAAGGCGUGAGCUCACUGCAGCAACGCGUGAGCUCACUGCAGCAAGGCGUGAGCUCACUGCAGCAACGCGUGAGCUCACUGCAGCAAGGCGUGAGCUCACUGCAGCAACGCGUGAGCUCACUGCAGCAAGGCGUGAGCUCACUGCAGCAAUGCGUGAGCUCACUGCAGCAAUGCGUGAGCUCACUGCAGCAAUGCGUGAGCUCACUGCAGCAACGCGUGAGCUCACUGCAGCAACGCGUGAGCUCACUGCAGCAAGGCGUGAGCUCACUGCAGCAAGGCGUGAGCUCACUGCAGCAAGGCGUGAGCUCACUGCAGCAAGGCGUGAGCUCACUGCAGCAACGCGUGAGCUCACUGCAGCAAGGCGUGAGCUCACUGCAGCAAGGCGUGAGCUCACUGCAGCAAGGCGUGAGCUCACUGCAGCAAGGCGUGAGCUCACUGCAGCAAGGCGUGAGCUCACUGCAGCAACGCGUGAGCUCACUGCAGCAAGGCGUGAGCUCACUGCAGCAAGGCGUGAGCUCACUGCAGCAACGCGUGAGCUCACUGCAGCAACGCGUGAGCUCACUGCAGCAAGGCGUGAGCUCACUGCAGCAACGCGUGAGCUCACUGCAGCAAGGCGUGAGCUCACUGCAGCAAGGCGUGAGCUCACUGCAGCAAGGCGUGAGCUCACUGCAGCAAGGCGUGAGCUCACUGCAGCAAGGCGUGAGCUCACUGCAGCAAGGCGUGAGCUCACUGCAGCAAGGCGUGAGCUCACUGCAGCAAGGCGUGAGCUCACUGCAGCAACGCGUGAGCUCACUGCAGCAAGGCGUGAGCUCACUGCAGCAACGCGUGAGCUCACUGCAGCAAUGCGUGAGCUCACUGCAGCAAGGCGUGAGCUCACUGCAGCAAGGCGUGAGCUCACUGCAGCAAUGCGUGAGCUCACUGCAGCAACGCGUGAGCUCACUGCAGCAACGCGUGAGCUCACUGCAGCAAGGCGUGAGCUCACUGCAGCAACGCGUGAGCUCACUGCAGCAAGGCGUGAGCUCACUGCAGCAAGGCGUGAGCUCACUGCAGCAACGCGUGAGCUCACUGCAGCAACGCGUGAGCUCACUGCAGCAAGGCGUGAGCUCACUGCAGCAACGCGUGAGCUCACUGCAGCAAGGCGUGAGCUCACUGCAGCAAUGCGUGAGCUCACUGCAGCAAGGCGUGAGCUCACUGCAGCAACGCGUGAGCUCACUGCAGCAACGCGUGAGCUCACUGCAGCAACGCGUGAGCUCACUGCAGCAAGGCGUGAGCUCACUGCAGCAACGCGUGAGCUCACUGCAGCAACGCGUGAGCUCACUGCAGCAAGGCGUGAGCUCACUGCAGCAACGCGUGAGCUCACUGCAGCAAGGCGUGAGCUCACUGCAGCAAGGCGUGAGCUCACUGCACAACAACGCGUGAGCUCACUGCAGCAAGGCGUGAGCUCACUGCAGCAACACGUGAGCUCACUGCAGCAAGGCGUGAGCUCACUGCAGCAACGCGUGAGCUCACUGCAGCAAGGCGUGAGCUCACUGCAGCAAGGCGUGAGCUCACUGCAGCAACGCGUGAGCUCACUGCAGCAACGCGUGAGCUCACUGCAGCAACGCGUGAGCUCACUGCAGCAAGGCGUGAGCUCACUGCAGCAACGCGUGAGCUCACUGCAGCAAGGCGUGAGCUCACUGCAGCAACGCGUGAGCUCACUGCAGCAAGGCGUGAGCUCACUGCAGCAACGCGUGAGCUCACUGCAGCAACGCGUGAGCUCACUGCAGCAAGGCCUCACUGCAGCAACGCGUGAGCUCACUGCAGCAAGGCGUGAGCUCACUGCAGCAAGGCGUGAGCUCACUGCAGCAAGGCGUGAGCUCACUGCAGCAACGCGUGAGCUCACUGCAGCAAGGCGUGAGCUCACUGCAGCAACGCGUGAGCUCACUGCAGCAAGGCGUGAGCUCACUGCAGCAACGCGUGAGCUCACUGCAGCAAGGCGUGAGCUCACUGCAGCAACGCGUGAGCUCACUGCAGCAAUGCGUGAGCUCACUGCAGCAAGGCGUGAGCUCACUGCAGCAACGCGUGAGCUCACUGCAGCAAGGCGUGAGCUCACUGCAGCAACGCGUGAGCUCACUGCAGCAAGGCGUGAGCUCACUGCAGCAAGGCGUGAGCUCACUGCAGCAACGCGUGAGCUCACUGCAGCAAGGCGUGAGCUCACUGCAGCAACGCGUGAGCUCACUGCAGCAAGGCGUGAGCUCACUGCAGCAAGGCGUGAGCUCACUGCAGCAAGGCGUGAGCUCACUGCAGCAAGGCGUGAGCUCACUGCAGCAAGGCGUGAGCUCACUGCAGCAAUGCGUGAGCUCACUGCAGCAACGCGUGAGCUCACUGCAGCAAGGCGUGAGCUCACUGCAGCAAGGCGUGAGCUCACUGCAGCAAGGCGUGAGCUCACUGCAGCAAGGCGUGAGCUCACUGCAGCAACGCGUGAGCUCACUGCAGCAAGGCGUGAGCUCACUGCAGCAAGGCGUGAGCUCACUGCAGCAAGGCGUGAGCUCACUGCAGCAAGGCGUGAGCUCACUGCAGCAACGCGUGAGCUCACUGCAGCAACGCGUGAGCUCACUGCAGCAAGGCGUGAGCUCACUGCAGCAAGGCGUGAGCUCACUGCAGCAAGGCGUGAGCUCACUGCAGCAAUGCGUGAGCUCACUGCAGCAACGCGUGAGCUCACUGCAGCAAGGCGUGAGCUCACUGCAGCAACGCGUGAGCUCACUGCAGCAAGGCGUGAGCUCACUGCAGCAAGGCGUGAGCUCACUGCAGCAACGCGUGAGCUCACUGCAGCAACGCGUGAGCUCACUGCAGCAACGCGUGAGCUCACUGCAGCAACGCGUGAGCUCACUGCAGCAAGGCGUGAGCUCACUGCAGCAACGCGUGAGCUCACUGCAGCAAGGCGUGAGCUCACUGCAGCAACGCGUGAGCUCACUGCAGCAAGGCGUGAGCUCACUGCAGCAAGGCGUGAGCUCACUGCAGCAAGGCGUGAGCUCACUGCAGCAACGCGUGAGCUCACUGCAGCAAGGCGUGAGCUCACUGCAGCAAGGCGUGAGCUCACUGCAGCAAGGCGUGAGCUCACUGCAGCAACGCGUGAGCUCACUGCAGCAAGGCGUGAGCUCACUGCAGCAACGCGUGAGCUCACUGCAGCAAUGCGUGAGCUCACUGCAGCAAGGCGUGAGCUCACUGCAGCAAGGCGUGAGCUCACUGCAGCAAGGCGUGAGCUCACUGCAGCAAGGCGUGAGCUCACUGCAGCAAGGCGUGAGCUCACUGCAGCAACGCGUGAGCUCACUGCAGCAAGGCGUGAGCUCACUGCAGCAACGCGUGAGCUCACUGCAGCAAGGCGUGAGCUCACUGCAGCAACGCGUGAGCUCACUGCAGCAAGGCGUGAGCUCACUGCAGCAAGGCGUGAGCUCACUGCAGCAAGGCGUGAGCUCACUGCAGCAAGGCGUGAGCUCACUGCAGCAAGGCGUGAGCUCACUGCAGCAAGGCGUGAGCUCACUGCAGCAACGCGUGAGCUCACUGCAGCAAGGCGUGAGCUCACUGCAGCAAGCGUGAGCUCACUGCUCACUGCAGCAAGGCGUGAGCUCACUGCAGCAACGCGUGAGCUCACUGCAGCAACGCGUGAGCUCACUGCAGCAAGGCGUGAGCUCACUGCAGCAAGGCGUGAGCUCACUGCAGCAACGCGUGAGCUCACUGCAGCAAGGCGUGAGCUCACUGCAGCAACGCGUGAGCUCACUGCAGCAAGGCGUGAGCUCACUGCAGCAAGGCGUGAGCUCACUGCAGCAAGGCGUGAGCUCACUGCAGCAAGGCGUGAGCUCACUGCAGCAACGCGUGAGCUCACUGCAGCAACGCGUGAGCUCACUGCAGCAAGGCGUGAGCUCACUGCAGCAAGGCGUGAGCUCACUGCAGCAACGCGUGAGCUCACUGCAGCAAGGCGUGAGCUCACUGCAGCAAUGCGUGAGCUCACUGCAGCAAGGCGUGAGCUCACUGCAGCAACGCGUGAGCUCACUGCAGCAAGGCGUGAGCUCACUGCAGCAAGGCGUGAGCUCACUGCAGCAAGGCGUGAGCUCACUGCAGCAAGGCGUGAGCUCACUGCAGCAACGCGUGAGCUCACUGCAGCAACGCGUGAGCUCACUGCAGCAAGGCGUGAGCUCACUGCAGCAACGCGUGAGCUCACUGCAGCAACGCGUGAGCUCACUGCAGCAAUGCGUGAGCUCACUGCAGCAAGGCGUGAGCUCACUGCAGCAAGGCGUGAGCUCACUGCAGCAAGGCGUGAGCUCACUGCAGCAAGGCGUGAGCUCACUGCAGCAAGGCGUGAGCUCACUGCAGCAAGGCGUGAGCUCACUGCAGCAACGCGUGAGCUCACUGCAGCAAUGCGUGAGCUCACUGCAGCAACGCGUGAGCUCACUGCAGCAAGGCGUGAGCUCACUGCAGCAAGGCGUGAGCUCACUGCAGCAACGCGUGAGCUCACUGCAGCAAGGCGUGAGCUCACUGCAGCAACGCGUGAGCUCACUGCAGCAAGGCGUGAGCUCACUGCAGCAACGCGUGAGCUCACUGCAGCAAGGCGUGAGCUCACUGCAGCAACGCGUGAGCUCACUGCAGCAAGGCGUGAGCUCACUGCAGCAACGCGUGAGCUCACUGCAGCAAGGCGUGAGCUCACUGCAGCAAGGCGUGAGCUCACUGCAGCAAUGCGUGAGCUCACUGCAGCAACGCGUGAGCUCACUGCAGCAAUGCGUGAGCUCACUGCAGCAAGGCGUGAGCUCACUGCAGCAACGCGUGAGCUCACUGCAGCAAUGCGUGAGCUCACUGCAGCAAUGCGUGAGCUCACUGCAGCAACGCGUGAGCUCACUGCAGCAACGCGUGAGCUCACUGCAGCAACGCGUGAGCUCACUGCAGCAAGGCGUGAGCUCACUGCAGCAAUGCGUGAGCUCACUGCAGCAACGCGUGAGCUCACUGCAGCAACGCGUGAGCUCACUGCAGCAACGCGUGAGCUCACUGCAGCAAGGCGUGAGCUCACUGCAGCAAGGCGUGAGCUCACUGCAGCAAGGCUCACUGCAGCAACGCGUGAGCUCACUGCAGCAAGGCGUGAGCUCACUGCAGCAACGCGUGAGCUCACUGCAGCAAGGCGUGAGCUCACUGCAGCAACGCGUGAGCUCACUGCAGCAACGCGUGAGCUCACUGCAGCAACGCGUGAGCUCACUGCAGCAAGGCGUGAGCUCACUGCAGCAACGCGUGAGCUCACUGCAGCAAGGCGUGAGCUCACUGCAGCAACGCGUGAGCUCACUGCAGCAAGGCGUGAGCUCACUGCAGCAACGCGUGAGCUCACUGCAGCAAGGCGUGAGCUCACUGCAGCAAGGCGUGAGCUCACUGCAGCAACGCGUGAGCUCACUGCAGCAAGGCGUGAGCUCACUGCAGCAAGGCGUGAGCUCACUGCAGCAACGCGUGAGCUCACUGCAGCAACGCGUGAGCUCACUGCAGCAACGCGUGAGCUCACUGCAGCAAGGCGUGAGCUCACUGCAGCAACGCGUGAGCUCACUGCAGCAAGGCGUGAGCUCACUGCAGCAACGCGUGAGCUCACUGCAGCAAGGCGUGAGCUCACUGCAGCAAGGCGUGAGCUCACUGCAGCAAGGCGUGAGCUGCACGCAGCAACGCGGAGCUCACUGCAAGCAAGAGCUGCAGCACACUGCAGCGCGCUGCUGGCAGCAAGCAGCAAGCAGCUGGCUGCAAUCAAGCAAGCAAAGAGCAAACAGCAACAGCAGAAAGGCGUGCAGCAACGCAGCAAUGAGUGCAGCAACAGCAAAAGCGCAAGCAUGAGCUCACUGCAGCAACGCCUCACUGCAGCAACGCGUGAGCUCACUGCAGCAACGCGUGAGCUCACUGCAGCAAGGCGUGAGCUCACUGCAGCAAGGCGUGAGCUCACUGCAGCAACGCGUGAGCUCACUGCAGCAAGGCGUGAGCUCACUGCAGCAAGGCGUGAGCUCACUGCAGCAACGCGUGAGCUCACUGCAGCAAGGCGUGAGCUCACUGCAGCAAGGCGUGAGCUCACUGCAGCAACGCGUGAGCUCACUGCAGCAAGGCGUGAGCUCACUGCAGCAACGCGUGAGCUCACUGCAGCAAGGCGUGAGCUCACUGCAGCAAGGCGUGAGCUCACUGCAGCAAGGCGUGAGCUCACUGCAGCAACGCGUGAGCUCACUGCAGCAAGGCGUGAGCUCACUGCAGCAACGCGUGAGCUCACUGCAGCAAGGCGUGAGCUCACUGCAGCAAGGCGUGAGCUCACUGCAGCAAGGCGUGAGCUCACUGCAGCAACGCGUGAGCUCACUGCAGCAAGGCGUGAGCUCACUGCAGCAACGCGUGAGCUCACUGCAGCAAGGCGUGAGCUCACUGCAGCAAGGCGUGAGCUCACUGCAGCAACGCGUGAGCUCACUGCAGCAAGGCGUGAGCUCACUGCAGCAAGGCGUGAGCUCACUGCAGCAAGGCGUGAGCUCACUGCAGCAAGGCGUGAGCUCACUGCAGCAACGCGUGAGCUCACUGCAGCAAGGCGUGAGCUCACUGCAGCAACGCGUGAGCUCACUGCAGCAACGCGUGAGCUCACUGCAGCAAGGCGUGAGCUCACUGCAGCAACGCGUGAGCUCACUGCAGCAAGGCGUGAGCUCACUGCAGCAAGGCGUGAGCUCACUGCAGCAACGCGUGAGCUCACUGCAGCAACGCGUGAGCUCACUGCAGCAAUGCGUGAGCUCACUGCAGCAAGGCGUGAGCUCACUGCAGCAAGGCGUGAGCUCACUGCAGCAAGGCGUGAGCUCACUGCAGCAACGCGUGAGCUCACUGCAGCAAGGCGUGAGCUCACUGCAGCAAGGCGUGAGCUCACUGCAGCAACGCGUGAGCUCACUGCAGCAAUGCGUGAGCUCACUGCAGCAACGCGUGAGCUCACUGCAGCAACGCGUGAGCUCACUGCAGCAAGGCGUGAGCUCACUGCAGCAACGCGUGAGCUCACUGCAGCAAGGCGUGAGCUCACUGCAGCAACGCGUGAGCUCACUGCAGCAACGCGUGAGCUCACUGCAGCAACGCGUGAGCUCACUGCAGCAAGGCGUGAGCUCACUGCAGGAACGCGUGAGCUCACUGCAGCAAGGCGUGAGCUCACUGCAGCAACGCGUGAGCUCACUGCAGCAAGGCGUGAGCUCACUGCAGCAACGCGUGAGCUCACUGCAGCAAGGCGUGAGCUCACUGCAGCAAGGCGUGAGCUCACUGCAGCAACGCGUGAGCUCACUGCAGCAACGCGUGAGCUCACUGCAGCAAGGCGUGAGCUCACUGCAGCAACGCGUGAGCUCACUGCAGCAAGGCGUGAGCUCACUGCAGCAAGGCGUGAGCUCACUGCAGCAAGGCGUGAGCUCACUGCAGCAAUGCGUGAGCUCACUGCAGCAAGGCGUGAGCUCACUGCAGCAAGGCGUGAGCUCACUGCAGCAACGCGUGAGCUCACUGCAGCAAGGCGUGAGCUCACUGCAGCAACGCGUGAGCUCACUGCAGCAAGGCGUGAGCUCACUGCAGCAAGGCGUGAGCUCACUGCAGCAACGCGUGAGCUCACUGCAGCAACGCGUGAGCUCACUGCAGCAAGGCGUGAGCUCACUGCAGCAAGGCGUGAGCUCACUGCAGCAAGGCGUGAGCUCACUGCAGCAAGGCGUGAGCUCACUGCAGCAACGCGUGAGCUCACUGCAGCAAGGCGUGAGCUCACUGCAGCAAGGCGUGAGCUCACUGCAGCAAGGCGUGAGCUCACUGCAGCAAGGCGUGAGCUCACUGCAGCAAGGCGUGAGCUCACUGCAGCAACGCGUGAGCUCACUGCAGCAAGGCGUGAGCUCACUGCAGCAAGGCGUGAGCUCACUGCAGCAAGGCGUGAGCUCACUGCAGCAACGCGUGAGCUCACUGCAGCAACGCGUGAGCUCACUGCAGCAACGCGUGAGCUCACUGCAGCAAGGCGUGAGCUCACUGCAGCAACGCGUGAGCUCACUGCAGCAACGCGUGAGCUCACUGCAGCAACGCGUGAGCUCACUGCAGCAAGGCGUGAGCUCACUGCAGCAACGCGUGAGCUCACUGCAGCAAGGCGUGAGCUCACUGCAGCAAGGCGUGAGCUCACUGCAGCAACGCGUGAGCUCACUGCAGCAAGGCGUGAGCUCACUGCAGCAAGGCGUGAGCUCACUGCAGCAACGCGUGAGCUCACUGCAGCAACGCGUGAGCUCACUGCAGCAACGCGUGAGCUCACUGCAGCAAUGCGUGAGCUCACUGCAGCAACGCGUGAGCUCACUGCAGCAAGGCGUGAGCUCACUGCAGCAAGGCGUGAGCUCACUGCAGCAACGCGUGAGCUCACUGCAGCAACGCGUGAGCUCACUGCAGCAAGGCGUGAGCUCACUGCAGCAAGGCGUGAGCUCACUGCAGCAAUGCGUGAGCUCACUGCAGCAAGGCGUGAGCUCACUGCAGCAAUGCGUGAGCUCACUGCAGCAAGGCGUGAGCUCACUGCAGCAACGCGUGAGCUCACUGCAGCAACGCGUGAGCUCACUGCAGCAAGGCGUGAGCUCACUGCAGCAAGGCGUGAGCUCACUGCAGCAAGGCGUGAGCUCACUGCAGCAAGGCGUGAGCUCACUGCAGCAACGCGUGAGCUCACUGCAGCAACGCGUGAGCUCACUGCAGCAACGCGUGAGCUCACUGCAGCAAGCCUCACUGCAGCAAGGCGUGAGCUCACUGCAGCAACGCGUGAGCUCACUGCAGCAAGGCGUGAGCUCACUGCAGCAACGCGUGAGCUCACUGCAGCAACGCGUGAGCUCACUGCAGCAAGGCGUGAGCUCACUGCAGCAACGCGUGAGCUCACUGCAGCAACGCGUGAGCUCACUGCAGCAAGGCGUGAGCUCACUGCAGCAACGCGUGAGCUCACUGCAGCAACGCGUGAGCUCACUGCAGCAAGGCGUGAGCUCACUGCAGCAAGGCGUGAGCUCACUGCAGCAAGGCGUGAGCUCACUGCAGCAAGGCGUGAGCUCACUGCAGCAACGCGUGAGCUCACUGCAGCAAGGCGUGAGCUCACUGCAGCAACGCGUGAGCUCACUGCAGCAAGGCGUGAGCUCACUGCAGCAACGCGUGAGCUCACUGCAGCAAGGCGUGAGCUCACUGCAGCAAGGCGUGAGCUCACUGCAGCAAUGCGUGAGCUCACUGCAGCAACGCGUGAGCUCACUGCAGCAAGGCGUGAGCUCACUGCAGCAAGGCGUGAGCUCACUGCAGCAACGCGUGAGCUCACUGCAGCAAGGCGUGAGCUCACUGCAGCAAGGCGUGAGCUCACUGCAGCAAGGCGUGAGCUCACUGCAGCAAGGCGUGAGCUCACUGCAGCAAGGCGUGAGCUCACUGCAGCAACGCGUGAGCUCACUGCAGCAAGGCGUGAGCUCACUGCAGCAACGCGUGAGCUCACUGCAGCAAGGCGUGAGCUCACUGCAGCAAGGCGUGAGCUCACUGCAGCAACGCGUGAGCUCACUGCAGCAACGCGUGAGCUCACUGCAGCAAGGCGUGAGCUCACUGCAGCAAGGCGUGAGCUCACUGCAGCAAGGCGUGAGCUCACUGCAGCAAGGCGUGAGCUCACUGCAGCAACGCGUGAGCUCACUGCAGCAAGGCGUGAGCUCACUGCAGCAAUGCGUGAGCUCACUGCAGCAAGGCGUGAGCUCACUGCAGCAACGCGUGAGCUCACUGCAGCAAGGCGUGAGCUCACUGCAGCAACGCGUGAGCUCACUGCAGCAAUGCGUGAGCUCACUGCAGCAAGGCGUGAGCUCACUGCAGCAAGGCGUGAGCUCACUGCAGCAACGCGUGAGCUCACUGCAGCAAGGCGUGAGCUCACUGCAGCAAUGCGUGAGCUCACUGCAGCAAGGCGUGAGCUCACUGCAGCAAUGCGUGAGCUCACUGCAGCAACGCGUGAGCUCACUGCAGCAACGCGUGAGCUCACUGCAGCAAGGCGUGAGCUCACUGCAGCAACGCGUGAGCUCACUGCAGCAAGGCGUGAGCUCACUGCAGCAAUGCGUGAGCUCACUGCAGCAACGCGUGAGCUCACUGCAGCAACGCGUGAGCUCACUGCAGCAAGGCGUGAGCUCACUGCAGCAACGCGUGAGCUCACUGCAGCAACGCGUGAGCUCACUGCAGCAACGCGUGAGCUCACUGCAGCAACGCGUGAGCUCACUGCAGCAAGGCGUGAGCUCACUGCAGCAAGGCGUGAGCUCACUGCAGCAAUGCGUGAGCUCACUGCAGCAACGCGUGAGCUCACUGCAGCAAGGCGUGAGCUCACUGCAGCAAGGCGUGAGCUCACUGCAGCAAGGCGUGAGCUCACUGCAGCAAGGCGUGAGCUCACUGCAGCAAGGCGUGAGCUCACUGCAGCAAUGCGUGAGCUCACUGCAGCAAGGCGUGAGCUCACUGCAGCAACGCGUGAGCUCACUGCAGCAAGGCGUGAGCUCACUGCAGCAAGGCGUGAGCUCACUGCAGCAAGGCGUGAGCUCACUGCAGCAAGGCGUGAGCUCACUGCAGCAAGGCGUGAGCUCACUGCAGCAACGCGUGAGCUCACUGCAGCAACGCGUGAGCUCACUGCAGCAACGCGUGAGCUCACUGCAGCAACGCGUGAGCUCACUGCAGCAACGCGUGAGCUCACUGCAGCAAGGCGUGAGCUCACUGCAGCAACGCGUGAGCUCACUGCAGCAAGGCGUGAGCUCACUGCAGCAACGCGUGAGCUCACUGCAGCAACGCGUGAGCUCACUGCAGCAAUGCGUGAGCUCACUGCAGCAACGCGUGAGCUCACUGCAGCAACGCGUGAGCUCACUGCAGCAAGGCGUGAGCUCACUGCAGCAAGGCGUGAGCUCACUGCAGCAACGCGUGAGCUCACUGCAGCAAGGCGUGAGCUCACUGCAGCAACGCGUGAGCUCACUGCAGCAAGGCGUGAGCUCACUGCAGCAAUGCGUGAGCUCACUGCAGCAACGCGUGAGCUCACUGCAGCAACGCGUGAGCUCACUGCAGCAACGCGUGAGCUCACUGCAGCAAGGCGUGAGCUCACUGCAGCAACGCGUGAGCUCACUGCAGCAACGCGUGAGCUCACUGCAGCAACGCGUGAGCUCACUGCAGCAAGGCGUGAGCUCACUGCAGCAAGGCGUGAGCUCACUGCAGCAAGGCGUGAGCUCACUGCAGUGAGCUCACUGCAGCAACGCGUGAGCUCACUGCAGCAAGGCGUGAGCUCACUGCAGCAACGCGUGAGCUCACUGCAGCAAGGCGUGAGCUCACUGCAGCAACGCGUGAGCUCACUGCAGCAACGCGUGAGCUCACUGCAGCAACGCGUGAGCUCACUGCAGCAAGGCGUGAGCUCACUGCAGCAACGCGUGAGCUCACUGCAGCAAGGCGUGAGCUCACUGCAGCAACGCGUGAGCUCACUGCAGCAAGGCGUGAGCUCACUGCAGCAAUGCGUGAGCUCACUGCAGCAACGCGUGAGCUCACUGCAGCAAGGCGUGAGCUCACUGCAGCAACGCGUGAGCUCACUGCAGCAAGGCCUCACUGCAGCAAGGCGUGAGCUCACUGCAGCAACGCGUGAGCUCACUGCAGCAAGGCGUGAGCUCACUGCAGCAACGCGUGAGCUCACUGCAGCAAUGCGUGAGCUCACUGCAGCAACGCGUGAGCUCACUGCAGCAAGGCGUGAGCUCACUGCAGCAAGGCGUGAGCUCACUGCAGCAACGCGUGAGCUCACUGCAGCAACGCGUGAGCUCACUGCAGCAAGGCGUGAGCUCACUGCAGCAAGGCGUGAGCUCACUGCAGCAACGCGUGAGCUCACUGCAGCAAGGCGUGAGCUCACUGCAGCAAGGCGUGAGCUCACUGCAGCAAUGCGUGAGCUCACUGCAGCAAGGCGUGAGCUCACUGCAGCAAGGCGUGAGCUCACUGCAGCAACGCGUGAGCUCACUGCAGCAAGGCGUGAGCUCACUGCAGCAACGCGUGAGCUCACUGCAGCAAGGCGUGAGCUCACUGCAGCAAGGCGUGAGCUCACUGCAGCAAGGCGUGAGCUCACUGCAGCAACGCGUGAGCUCACUGCAGCAAUGCGUGAGCUCACUGCAGCAACGCGUGAGCUCACUGCAGCAAGGCGUGAGCUCACUGCAGCAAGGCGUGAGCUCACUGCAGCAAGGCGUGAGCUCACUGCAGCAACGCGUGAGCUCACUGCAGCAAUGCGUGAGCUCACUGCAGCAAGGCGUGAGCUCACUGCAGCAAGGCGUGAGCUCACUGCAGCAACGCGUGAGCUCACUGCAGCAACGCGUGAGCUCACUGCAGCAACGCGUGAGCUCACUGCAGCAAGGCGUGAGCUCACUGCAGCAACGCGUGAGCUCACUGCAGCAAGGCGUGAGCUCACUGCAGCAAGGCGUGAGCUCACUGCAGCAAGGCGUGAGCUCACUGCAGCAACGCGUGAGCUCACUGCAGCAAGGCGUGAGCUCACUGCAGCAACGCGUGAGCUCACUGCAGCAAUGCGUGAGCUCACUGCAGCAAUGCGUGAGCUCACUGCAGCAAGGCGUGAGCUCACUGCAGCAACGCGUGAGCUCACUGCAGCAAGGCGUGAGCUCACUGCAGCAAGGCGUGAGCUCACUGCAGCAACGCGUGAGCUCACUGCAGCAACGCGUGAGCUCACUGCAGCAAGGCGUGAGCUCACUGCAGCAACGCGUGAGCUCACUGCAGCAAGGCGUGAGCUCACUGCAGCAAGGCGUGAGCUCACUGCAGCAAUGCGUGAGCUCACUGCAGCAAGGCGUGAGCUCACUGCAGCAACGCGUGAGCUCACUGCAGCAACGCGUGAGCUCACUGCAGCAAGGCGUGAGCUCACUGCAGCAAGGCGUGAGCUCACUGCAGCAAGGCGUGAGCUCACUGCAGCAAGGCGUGAGCUCACUGCAGCAACGCGUGAGCUCACUGCAGCAAGGCGUGAGCUCACUGCAGCAAGCAACGUGAGCUCACUGCAGCAAGGCGUGAGCUCACUGCAGCAACGCGUGAGCUCACUGCAGCAAGGCGUGAGCUCACUGCAGCAAGGCGUGAGCUCACUGCAGCAAGGCGUGAGCUCACUGCAGCAAGGCGUGAGCUCACUGCAGCAACGCGUGAGCUCACUGCAGCAACGCGUGAGCUCACUGCAGCAAGGCGUGAGCUCACUGCAGCAAGGCGUGAGCUCACUGCAGCAACGCGUGAGCUCACUGCAGCAAGGCGUGAGCUCACUGCAGCAACGCGUGAGCUCACUGCAGCAAGGCGUGAGCUCACUGCAGCAAGGCGUGAGCUCACUGCAAGCAAGCGUGAGCUCACUGCAGCAACGCGUGAGCUCACUGCAGCAAGGCGUGAGCUCACUGCAGCAAGGCGUGAGCUCACUGCAGCAAUGCGUGAGCUCACUGCAGCAAGGCGUGAGCUCACUGCAGCAACGCGUGAGCUCACUGCAGCAAGGCGUGAGCUCACUGCAGCAAGGCGUGAGCUCACUGCAGCAACGCGUGAGCUCACUGCAGCAACGCGUGAGCUCACUGCAGCAACGCGUGAGCUCACUGCAGCAAGGCGUGAGCUCACUGCAGCAACGCGUGAGCUCACUGCAGCAAUGCGUGAGCUCACUGCAGCAACGCGUGAGCUCACUGCAGCAAGGCGUGAGCUCACUGCAGCAAUGCGUGAGCUCACUGCAGCAAGGCGUGAGCUCACUGCAGCAAGGCGUGAGCUCACUGCAGCAACGCGUGAGCUCACUGCAGCAAUGCGUGAGCUCACUGCAGCAACGCGUGAGCUCACUGCAGCAAGGCGUGAGCUCACUGCAGCAACGCGUGAGCUCACUGCAGCAAGGCGUGAGCUCACUGCAGCAACGCGUGAGCUCACUGCAGCAACGCGUGAGCUCACUGCAGUGA